CUCUUCGCCAGCACAUUCAUACAGCAACACAGCAACAGAUUUUUCUGGCAGGAUGUUCUGAAGGACCUUGACUUAACUCGGACUAAAGCUCAUCUUGGACCACACAUUUAAAAUACUGAAUCUUUUUAAAAGUGUUGUAUUAUCUGGGUGUUUUUUAAUCCUUUUAACUUUUCAGCUUCAAUGGCGUGAAGCUGGUUUGCAUAGCUCAUAGAGAAAAGAACGAAGUAGUAUUUGUUUUUUUUUUUCCUCCCCUCCAAGAAAAGGAAAUGCCUACUGUCAGUAGGUAUAUGAGUUUUCGUUCAUCCAAGCGAUUUAAGUUUGCCAGCAACUACCCAGUGGAGACCAGUGGUGGCGGGCUGCCAGCCAAAGUGAAGAAAAGCAGGAGCAGCUUAAGCAAUGGCAGCAUCAAGAAGGUGGAGACCAGGAAAGCCUUGAGCCUUGACACGGCCCAGAUUGAGAUCCAGCAACAGCACAAAACCCUCACCAGACAAGUAGCCAUCAGGUCGCAGACAUUUGAUGUUGACAACAGAGGCUUUGAGAAGACGGAAGGCACAAGCACACAAAGUAGUUUCAUAAAGCACAACAAGACAUUCCACAAGUUGUUUCCAGACAUUCCCGAGAGCGAAGACUUGAUACAUGCAUACAUCUGCGCCCUGCAGAAGGAAGUGCCCUAUCAUGGUCGACUGUACAUCACAGACUCCCAUGCCUGUUUCUACUCUUCUGUCUUACUCAAGGACACUAAGGUAGUGAUUCCAGUUUCCUGCGUUCACAUAGUGAAGAAGCAGAACACAGCUUUGCUGGUGCCCAACGCCUUGUCAAUCCGCACCACAGAAGGGGACAAGUUCCUGUUUGUGUCACUGCGGAACAGAGAAUCGUGUUAUCAGCUGCUGCGUUCAGUCUGUCCCCAGCUAGAGGAUGGUAGCACAAAUAGUAGCCCUGUCUUCUCCUCAGCUGAGAACAGCUUCGAUAAGAGCAAACUAGUGAACUCCAGCCAGUCCAGUCUGGACGACAGCUUCGACCAGUUUGAUGGCCCUCAGUCUCAGUCUUUACAGGACCAGCCUCAGCAUAGACCACACAGAGAGGCAGUGCCAAGUGGAAACGGCUCCACUUUCAGGACCCUGCACAUGCAGCAGAGUGAUAGCUCAUCUUCAGAGGAGCUGUCUGCAUCAGGAGGAUCGUGGGUCUGGAACGUGACAGAAAAGGCCAAGUCCCUGCUGGUUCAGAGAGAAUCCAGCACCCUCAACACUUUACUCUUCAUUUACUUGAUUUUGGUUGUGCUGCUGCUGCUGUCUUCAGGCUACAUUGGUUUGCGUAUCGUGGCCCUGGAGGAACAGCUGACAUCCCUAGGGGCACUGCCUGAGUUCACUUUACAGAGCGGGUACCACCAAGACACAUAACACUCAGUGACUGAGGGAGAGAUUGGUUGACUCGUGACCGGAGGAUUAUUUCGGCCUCUUCCCAGCAGAACCCAGCGAGAGAAUUUAAAUGUACUCAGACUGUGCUGCCAACAUUGGCCUGUGCUGAUGGCUCGAGGAAGAGCAGCCAACCUGUGCAAUUUCAAAGACAACUUGUUAACUUGAAGGGCUAUACUUCCUCCCAGUGUAGUAAACAAAAGGACAUGCCACGACUCAGUCACACAGAGCCGAGCCAAAAUUGCAUACACACACUGCCUGGUUGCAGCGUGUCUGUCACUCAAGCCAAAGCCAAACGGCUCUAGUUUAGCAAGGUGCCACACUAGCCACGUUGACGGGCACCUUCCUGACAAACUGUUCCACGUCUGUGAACUUACGUUACCCGUUGUCCGUCGUACAUUCUCUUCUCCCUGAGCAUGCGGUCUCAACAGGGCUAUUCCAGUCAGCAUUAGCCUGCUGUAGUGCUUGUUAUUGCACCUCAACACAGGAGAUAUAGUGCUAUGCAUAGCCAAAGAUGCACACCGUGCACAUCUAUUGCAUGAGUGCACGGAGGUGACUUUUAAUUGAUUUUCUAUCUCUUAUUUACCCUUCCACCUAUCAGCAGCAUCUACAGAUCUGUCUCUCUGUUUGAAUUCAGUAGCCUUUUGAGUGCUUCUCUUGGAAUGGCUCUUAUCUUCCUAAUCAGCUGUGGGUUGAAAUGAUGAUAGCUGAAAUCUCGAAUUCUAAUUAGCCCCGCGGAGGCUUGAUACUCUCCUGAUGGUCUUCUCCUUUCUCUCUUUCUCCAACCAGCAAUGGUCGCAGUGUUACCUUCCUCAACUUUGAUAUGAUUUAAACGUGUUUAAUGAUCAAUGCUCAGAGGUUAUUCUUUCUCCAGUUUGCACUGGAUGAAAUGCAUCAUCAAUGCACAAAUAUUUAAAACAGUAGGACACGAGGAGGUCGUCUCAGAGGCAUCGAUAUGUUUCUGUGUUCGGCUUUUCUAUGACCUUGGUCUUCAGAAGUAGACAUAAAAUCUCACUGGUUCAGAUGCCUGUUGAUAUACUGUCUACAAGGAAAAGAAUGACCAUGUUGUGUUGAAGUACAAGCUUUCCUCUUUGACAGGCCUCUUGAGAACCAAGUGGCAUUUCUAGAAUUUUCAGGUUAUUUAAAGUAGCACCGAUAAUUUAUUUCUAAUGCUCAUGCAUGUGUCUGCAAAACCGACACUUGACUGAUAUUGUAUAUGCAUUCUCACUCUUAAUCACCCGAAGAGGAGAAUUUACAACCACACUUGCUGUAAGGUCCAAGUUUUCAUUAGCAAAACAAGUGGUCCCAAAAAGAAAUUUCAGUAUGCAACAAAUUCUUAUGCAUGGCAAAAAUGUAAUUCAUAUUUGUGUGUGCUGUUUUUAAAUGGAGCUCAGUGUCGUUGGGGAAGAAAUUGUGUAAGAAAAUAUAAAAACAAAGAUGUGAGUGAAAGGAACAGCUCAAGCGAGCGAGCGCACUUUAAAAAAACAAAACAAAACAAAAAACGUGUUGUGCCUGUCGCAGUCCAUGACAUCGUGUAUGGAUUGAGAAGAAAUGGCAAAGCUGG